GUUUAACGAAGAUCUUCAACGAGAUCACGAAGAUGAGUUUUUCAACCUUUUCCUCAUUAUUUUUUUUAAUCUGCGCUGUCGGUGCUUAUGAUUUUGAAGAUACCGUUUAUAAUCAAAUCUUAGCCGAAGAAUUAACCGACUUACAAUGGGAUAAUCACUUAAUUAAUCCGAGAACAAAACGCGAUGAAGAAGCUGUUAUUAAAGAAGAUAAAUGUAGAAAAAAACAUUUUCGAAGUUGUUGCGACGAAGAAUACUUUAGUUCCUUAAGGGAAGAUGAAAAACCAAUGCGGAAGGAAUGUUAUAGGGAGAUAACCGGGAAAGAAUUAGCCGAAGUGUUUCUUGAUCCCUUUAAAUGCGAUAGAGGAGAUAAACAUAAAAAAGAUAUAGCGUGCGUAGCUCAAUGUGUGGGGAGAAAGAAAGGAUUGAUUGACGACGAUGGUAAUGUAAACGAACCAACCGCAAGAAAAAUAAUUAAAGAGAAGAUGUCCAAGGUUGAUUGGUUAAAACCAAAAUCCGAAGCCAUCUUCAAUAAGUGUUACACCGCAGCGAAAGAAGCAGCUAUAAAACAACGGGAUAAGAACAGCUGUAAUCCUGCGGCGUCGAAACUGGGUCAUUGUAUAUGGAAAGAAAUCCAAUUAAAUUGUCCAGCAGAUAGGAUUAUCGAUGACAAGAAAUGUACAAAGAUAAGGGAGGAUAUCAAACGAAAUCAAAACCAAACACACGAUGAGGAUUAACACGUUUAUCAUUAAUUAUAAUUUAUUUGUUAACUAACCGACUGGUAUUUAUAAUUCAAUAAAGCGUUAUUGUUGUUCCUAA